CUUCUCAUUCCCACUUCACUCCAGCAAUCUUGCGCACUCUUCUGAAAAACUUCACUCCUGGUUGCUCUGUAUCGAUUCACCGUCUCCUUGUUCCAGGGCGCAGCGCUUGCUCGUUUCAGCUCUGUUGCCAUGCCACAGGCAGCACCGUACAAGAUCGCGCUGUGCCAGCUGCCGGUCACCGCGGACAAGCACGGCAACAUCGCCCGCGCGCGCGCCCGCAUCGACGCCGCCGCGGCCACCGGCGCCAAGCUCGUCGUCCUGCCGGAAAUAUGGAACUGCCCCUACGCGAUGGAGACCAUGCGGAGCUACGCCGAGGACAUCGACGGCGGUCGGUCGCCGUCGGUCUCGAUGCUGUCGGAGGUGGCCGCUGCCAGGAAGAUCACCAUCGUCGGCGGAUCCGUGCCCGAGAUGGCUUCGGGGCAGCUGUUCAACACCUGCUGCGUGGUCGGGCCUGACGGGGAGAUCAAGGCCAAGCACAGGAAGCUGCAUCUGUUUGGAAUUGACAUCCCCGGAGACAUCACUUUCAGGGAAUCCGAUACCUUCACUGCUGGGCAAGAACCCACUGUAGUUGACACAGACGUUGGACGGAUUGGUAUUGGGAUUUGUCAUGAUAUCCGCUUCCCAGAACUGGCAAUGCUGUAUCGAUCAAGAGGUGCACACUUGAUAUGCUAUCCUUCUGCAUUCAACAUGAGCACCGGGCAGCUCCUCUGGGACCUUAUGCAAAAGUCCAGGGCUGUUGACAAUCAGUUGUUCGUGGCGACCUGCUCACCUGCGCGAGACCCCAACUCGCAGUCGGACUUCGUGGCCUGGGGCAACUCAAGCCUCAUCGGACCAUUUGGCGAGGUUCUUGCGGCGGCAGGGCACGAGGACGCGACCGUCAUCGGCGAGAUCGACCUGUCUUUGAUUGAAGCUGUGAGGGAGAGCCUCCCUUUGGAAACGCAGGGUAGAGGGGAUCUGUGCAGGCUGGUCGAUGUCCAGAGGGAGUGUUCGAGCUAGCUGCGUUGCUCGAGAAGAUGGAAAUGCAGGGCAGAGAGCUGAAGAAGGCCACGUCUGCAUGUGUUGUUCACAUGCUGGGUUCAGUAACAGAGGACGGGGUUUGCAAAACUGUGUAGUAGUGGCAUGCAAAGAUUCGGGAUGCCAUAUACGAUAUGUACCGAUACUGCAUGUGUGUGGCACUUAUCACUUGUCAGGGCCAGAGACAGUGUGGUACGAACACAUGGGAACUCCAAAAUGUUUAUGAUGGCAAGUUUAGUGACACGAGGUGAACUUCUUUCAAAUGGCAAGUUUCAGUUUUUUUGUUUGUUUUUCUUUUUGAAUGGCAAUUUUAGUUGUAAGAAACGUUGGAGUCGGAGUGCUUCGUGUCACAUAUGUGACACUUAUCAUU